AUGGCACGAACAGGAUACGCAAAGGGAAUGAAGGGAGGCCAUGCCACCACAGAGAUAGAGCAGAAGCCAAAGCCGUCUCACGGAAAGGGGCGCACUAGCAAGCGUGUGACUCUAUGCCGUGAAAUUGCUCGUGAAGUCGUUGGAUUGGCUCCUUAUGAACGUCGAAUUCUCGAUAUGAUCAAGACCGGGGGAUCUUCCGCCGACAAGCGCAUUUACAAGUAUGCCAAGAGACGCCUCGGAUCCCACAAGCGGGCUCUGGCCAAGAGAGAAGAUAUCAAGGAAGUCAAUGCAGCACAAAGGGCACGACAGGCUGGUGCUUAA